UCCCUUUACCUUUGCCCCAGAAAAUUCUCCACGUCACAGUCUGGCUUCAUCUCGCGAUAUUUGGAGAAUAUAAAUUCAACUGGAGUCGCGUGAGGUCCCGUAUUAGUCAGCUGACUGAGCGCCUUUUUCUGUUUAUAUCGACGGGGAUCUUCGCUGACAUGGCAGCAGUUGAAAUCGUCUCACAGAAUGUGGUGGAGAGAGUGACCAGCCUCCCUCUGGUGAGCUCAACCUACGGUUUGGUGUCCAGUGUGUAUUCCAACACAAAGGACACCUACCCUUACAUCCGGUGUGUGUGUGAGGCCGCCGAACACGGCGUACGGGCCAUCACCUCCGUCGCCUUCACCACUGCGUCCCCCAUCAUCGAAAAGCUGGAACCUCAAAUCACCAUUGCUAAUGAUCUAGCCUGUAAAGGUCUGGACAAACUUGAGAGAAAACUACCAAUUCUUCACCAACCUUCUGAGCAGAUUGUUUCCAGUGCCAAGGAUGCAGUAACUAGCGCUAAAGAUUCUGUGACUGUCACUGUGUCCAACGCCAAGGAUACGGUCUCAGAUACCCUGAACAGUGUUGUGGCAAAGACUAGGGGAGUGGUGCAGGAUGGGAUGGAGAGGACCAAAGCUACAGUUGGUGGGAGUGUCAGCACGGUGUUGGAAAGCCGUGUGGCUCGACUGGUCAGCAGUGGCAUGGACACAGCCCUGAGUACCUCUGAGAACCUGGUGGAACAGUAUCUCCCGUUAAGCGAAGAAGAGCUGGAGCUGGAAGCCAAAACUGUGAAAGGCUUCGACGAGAAAGCGCCAAGCUAUUAUGUCCGUCUGGGCUCCCUCUCCACCAAACUCCGAAAAAGGGCGUAUAGUAGCACUGUGGCAAAAAUCCGUGAUGGGAAGCAACGUAGCCGAGAAUUAAUUUCUCAGCUCAACAACGCUGUUGAUUUGAUUGAAUACGGCAGGAGGAACAUUGACGGGGCUAACCAGAUGGUCAACAACAAGUUGAACUCUUUAGUGGGGUGGAAGUCCAGUAGCCCAAACCAGACUGAUCAUGAGGCGGAGGUAAUAGAGUCUCGUACUUUGGCUCUGGCACGCUCCCUAACCCAGCAGCUCCAGACAACGUGUUUUGUUUUGGCGUCUGGCCUCCAGGGUCUUCCCAGUCACAUCCAGCAGGAGGCGCGCUCCCUGAGCCACUCUGCCUCACAGGUCUACACUAGCUUCCGUCAGACUAACGGCCUCGGGGAGUUACCAGGCAGUGUGCUGACCAGCAGCAGAGUCCAGCUUGGAAGAAUGAUCAGUACCCUGGACCACAUCAUGGAUUACCUGGUCAACAAUACGCCGCUCAACUGGCUGGUGGGUCCUUUCUACCCGCGGAUGAACUCCAUGCCAAAUCAACACAGAGACUUAGCUACCAGCAGUACCGUGACCCCAAAGUCCCGUGAUCCCAACCCCCAGAAACAGCCAGAGGAAGUUGAGAUGGAGUCCCUGAAUACUCAACUGUGAUCCAUUAUAGCCAUUCUAAAUAUUUGCUGUUCUUGUGCUUUUUUU